UUCAUAUAGGAUUUGCUUUGAAUUUGGAUUGGUUCAAUCCUUGUAAAAAUAUUCAACAUUCUGUUGGUGUUUUAUAUUUAACAAUAUUAAAUUUACCACACUACUUACAAUUUCGUGAAGAAAACACCUUUGUUAUUGGAAUUAUACCUGGUCCACAUGAGCCUGAUGUAAAUGAAAUCCAUCAGUAUAUUGAACCUUUAGUUGAUGAAUUUCUCCAAUUGUGGGCUGCUCGAAAGCGUUCUAGAGAGAAGUAUCUGAAUAUUGCUUAUGAAUAUAAAAAUGCAAGUUCUUCGAUACGUAACCAAAUACUUAGUGAACAUGGUAUCCAUUGGACACCAUUGAUGCAACUUUCAUAUAUGGAUAUUCAGCGAUUCAUUGUUAUAGAUCUUAUGCACAAUUUAUAUUUAG